CCGAUUUGACAAAACUGGUCUGCUCGAACGCGCCCUGUCUGUGUGGGCUGUCAGAUUAGCUAGAGUUUAAUCCUUUAGGUUAUGGUCAGAACGCUAGUUAUACCUGGAACAGGGCUCAAUAACCACGAGGAAACUCAGGUUUGAAAGCGAUAGAUUUUAUGAAUGAGUAGCUAAUCUAAGUAAUCCAAGCCAUUUGAUGAGAUGUCUGAAUAACGUUAGCAUUCAAAUGGCUUGAUAGCUAGUCAUUUGUCAAUUUGAUAGACAUCUAACGUCAACGUUAGUUAGCCAGCUAACAGUUAGUUAGCUUGUUUGCUCUUAACCUCUUAAAGUGGAAAAUCGUAUUUUCCACAAAAUAUUAAAGACUUUUGAUACGCGGAACAAGCAGUCCCGGUGUUGAUGGUCCACUUCAGUUUGUGAAAUUUUGACACGGACUAGCUAGCUCGUUAGCAAUCGAGCAUAGCUAGCUAACUACUGUAGCUAAUCAAAUCAGUCUUGUCGGAAAUAAAGCCAGUCUCUUCAGUCUCAACAUAACGUCAAAACAGUGUAAGCAGCUAGCUAGUGCUAGAAGCUAGCUAGCUUGGUCAUCGAGCUUGGUCCUGAGUUUUGAGGCAAGGCGAAACAAUCAUGUCUGGAAAAGACAAAGACAAGGAGAAAGCCGGAGAAAAACAAUCUACAACUGAGCGGCUCGUAAAAGCUGUGCCAUACCCUCCACAGCAGCGUCUGUCUAUGAAGGAGCUGUUUGAGGAUGGCAAGCCCAACCCAGAGACCCUCCGAACCCACCUGGUGAAGGAGGGCCGGCUGGAGGAGGAAGUGGCCCUCCGGAUCAUCAACGACGGAGCCAACAUUCUGCGACAGGAAAAAUGCAUGCUGGAGGUAGAGGCACCCAUCACAGUGUGUGGAGAUGUCCACGGACAGUUCUUUGACCUAAUGAAGCUGUUUGAAGUUGGUGGCUUGCCCAGCAACACACGCUAUCUCUUCCUCGGAGACUACGUAGACCGAGGCUACUUCAGUAUCGAAUGUGUGCUGUACCUCUGGUCACUCAAGAUCAAUCACCCGACCACACUCUUCCUCCUGCGAGGGAACCACGAGUGCCGGCACCUCACAGAGUACUUCACCUUCAAACAGGAAUGUAAGAUUAAGUACUCUGAGCGCGUGUAUGAUGCCUGCAUGGAGGCCUUUGACUGCCUGCCCCUAGCUGCUCUUCUCAACCAACAGUUCCUGUGUGUACACGGCGGUCUCUCCCCAGAAAUCAACUGCCUAGACGACAUUAGGAAAUUAGACAGGUUUAAGGAGCCUCCAGCUUUCGGCCCUAUGUGUGACCUGAUCUGGGCUGACCCAGGAGAGGACUACGGCAGUGAAAAGACAGCAGAACACUUCAACCACAACUCAGUGCGAGGCUGCUCCUACUUUUUCAGUUACCCGGCUGUAUGUGACUUUUUGAUAAAUAAUAACUUGUUGUCGGUAAUAAGAGCACACGAAGCACAGGAUGCAGGGUAUCGGAUGUACAGAAAAAGCCAGACUACAGGCUUUCCUUCAUUAAUUACAAUCUUCUCAGCACCAAAUUACCUAGAUGUGUACAACAACAAAGCUGCUGUAUUAAAGUAUGAGAACAAUGUGAUGAACAUUCGGCAGUUCAACUGCUCCCCCCACCCCUACUGGCUGCCCAACUUUAUGGACGUCUUCACGUGGUCUCUGCCCUUUGUUGGAGAGAAAGUGACAGAGAUGCUGGUGAACGUGCUGAACAUCUGCUCUGAUGAUGAACUCAUGUCGGAAGGAGACGACCUGUGUGAAGAAGACGGUGGAAUCCCAGCGGUACGCAAAGAGGUGAUCCGGAAUAAGAUCCGAGCCAUUGGGAAGAUGGCCAGAGUCUUCUCUGUUCUCAGGGAGGAGAGUGAGAGUGUGCUGACACUCAAAGGACUUACCCCGACCGGGUCGCUGCCUCUAGGAGUGUUAUCAGGCGGCAAACAGACCUUGCAGACUGCUGCCGCUGAGGCCGCGGAGGCCAAAGCCAUUCAAGGCUUCUCUCCCACAAGGAAGAUCAAGGACUUUGCAGAGGCACAGAGCCUGGACAAAGUCAACGAGAGAAUGCCCCCACGCAAGGAUGGCCAGCAGCCAGUCAACCCAAAUGCCCCCAAGAAUGGCACAGACUAAACCUGGAGAGAGACCCCCUCUCAUCCCCACCAGCCCCAGGCCAUGGCAAUGUUUCAUACACCCAAACUAUCUUUGUCUCUUUAACUCUGUCUUCUAUCUCGCUCGCUCCCUCCUUCUCACGUUCUCUCAUCUUUCUUUCUCUCUCUGUCUCAUUGAGAUUUUGCCCCCAGCUGGCCUAUACAGUUGAACAGGCACAGAACGUGGGUAGAGAAGACGGCACAGAACGUUGGUAGAGAAGACGUCACAGCACUGGGAGAAUGGUUUCAGCCACCACGCAGUAAAACCAUAUGAAUAAAUCAAACACUUAUUUUAUUUAUUCAAUUAGUUAUAUUAGGUAUAUGUCAUAGCUACAGUUUCAUAAAAUCAUACAUUUCUAAGAUGUUUAAAUGUAUAAGCAUACUGACAUUCUUAUAACAAUGGUAAAUGUCAGAGCGAAAACCAUGAAGACUAUUUUGUAAAUUUGAGUUGAAUGAGGUAGCUAUUGAAGGAGACCUUAUUAUCCGUUCUUAGUCAAUUCAAGUUUUUCUAUUUUAUGUGUUUCACAAGGGAAAAGUUGAGUGUGUCUGCUCUUAUACGUUUAUUUAAAUGAUAUUAUGAUGUGUAUUAACUGGAGAGAAAAUAAUUAUGGGAACUAGAUUUGAGACGCCAUUGCAGAAGAUUAUUUUAUACCUCCAGCAGAAGUUCAGGAAAAACACCAACUGUUUUUUGUCCAAUUUCUUUGAAACCACUGAAUGCUGUUUAGAUAUUCUGUGGGCCAAUGUGUUCCUCCUGUAUUUUAAAGUUAGGAUAAACAGGGUUUAAUCUUACAACCUUUAGUCAACCUUGAGAAACUGCCCUGGGGCAGCAGGUAGCUUAGAGAUUUAAGAUCAUUGGCCCAGUCACUGGAAGGUCGCUGGUUCAAAUCCCCAAGCCGACUAGGUGAAAAAUCUGUCUGUGCCAUUGAGCAAGGCACUUAACCCUAAUUGCUCCUGUAAGUUGCUCCUGUAAGUUGCUCAGGAUAAGAGCAUCUGCUAAAUGACAAAUGUGAAUGUACAUUUUCCAAAUGAUAUGGAAAAAAUUGUAUAUGGAAGAAUUGAUUCUAGUUUGCUACGAUUAUUGAUGUGACGUGUCAAUGGAUGGUGGUUAGUUUCUCUGGUUUUAUGUGUUCUGUAUAGUGUUUUGACAGUUGGUGUUGCUUGCAGGCUGUCACCAACCAACAUUUUUACCAGUGUGCUUAACUGUAAGCAGCUGGGGGAUUAUAUAUAUUUAGAUCAUCUUCUGCAAAACCAAAGUCUGAUUGAAAGGGGUUAUAGGCAUACAGUAUGUAUUGGUACAUCUCCAAGUGGACUUGGUGGUGGUGGCACUGCUAUUUGGUUAGCUUUCCUGGGACAUUGAGCUGAGAGUGGCCAACUGUUCUGCAGAGUGAUUUUCUGGAUGGGGAAAGAAGUCUUCAUGGUAACGAAACAUACAUACCAACCUAAUAUCAAGGAAGAACAACCAGUGUCCUCUUCUCAAGAUGGAGGGGUAAUAUUUCCCAUGGAGCAGAUGGUGAAAAACGCUCAUAUAUUGUCCCAAAAUGAACUGAAACUCCAUGUUCAUUUUAUGUUUUAGAUAAGAUUUCUGUGUUAUAAUACUACUAAUAAUAAUGACACUUCGUUUGAUUUCAUAUUGCUCUCUACACUACAGAAAGGAUGUUUUUGGGGUUUCUUGACUCCAUCUACUGUUGAUUUGAUGCAUAUGUGUUAGAUGAACGGAAGGGAAAGCUUGUCUCCAAUCAAAUGCUUUAGUUGCUAACAGUUUGAGGAAUGCUGUAGCCCGAAGAGUAGUAGAUUGAGUCAUUCUCAGUGAUGCUGUGAGGAUUGUUUUGGGUAUUUCCUUCUCUUUAUCAGCUCUCUUUAUCAUGUAUCCCACGGACUGACACAAUUCUCAGUAUCGGUGGUAGUGCAAAGUUGGGGACCAACUACAGACUCUACAUUGAUCAUGCAGUAAAAAAGAUAAGUAAUUCCUGAUGUUUCUUCUAUGUUCAUUUGAUUGAGUGUCUUGAGUUAUGGUCUUGACACCUUUUUGUCUUUAUCACCUCCAUGGCAGGAAUGAGGACUGGACACUUUUGUAACACCUGCUCUGAACCCUUUAAUGAUUGACUUCUUUAGGACUUGUGACUCGAUGAACCGGUGCUUAGAGUUUUAGCCCUAGAUUUUUUGGGGGGCUAGAACUGCUUCUCUGACACUCCUCCCGUCACAUGUAGUUAUUCUAUUGUCUUCAAUCAUUCAAGAAAAGCAUUGAGAUUUUGUUAUCCUUAUGUGAAUUUUCCCUUUUAUAAUAUAUUAUACAGCUUUAAACAAGUUGCUUUUAAUGUGCCAUGCCACUUCCUAAACAAACACCAACACCUGUGUGUGACUGGUGGGGGAGAAUGGCCAUCAGAAUGUCCUGUUCUUGUGUUCAGUGGUCAUGGAGAGAUCCUGGAGCCUGUUUCCACUCAACGUGGGGCAGGUUCAUUGAGUUGUCACUGCCUAGAUGCUUAUUUACAGCCCCUUUUUGUUAGUAAAAUAAAAAAUCAUCUCUACUGUAUUGUGGGUUCAGAAAAUGGUCAAAAGAUGCUCUUUAAAAAUGUUUUUUCCCACAUUCACGACCGCUUAAAAUGUUGGUUUGGUGUGAAGUUAGCUAGGACUUAGAGGCCCCAGAGUAGGCCUGUAUUCCUGACCUCUUGUCAGUUUCUAAAUAUUUCUCAGAGUGUACAGAAAUAUUUGUCAUUCAAAAGUCUUUAGCUGUAAAAAGGAUGAAAAUAAUCCUUUCGUCAAGUACAGUACUUGUCAUGCGAGGCCAUGAAAUCUUAAUCUAUGUAGAUGAAUCGCUUGAAAAAUAAAAUGUAAAUACUAAGCGUU